AUGAUGAGUAGCAAUGAGGAAGAGGAGUUGCCAGACAUGUUUACGGAGGCUCUUCCGACAUCCCAAGACGUUUGGGAAGCUUUAAAGGUGAACCCUAGGCUUGAAGAAGAAAGCGUUGCAGCUAGUUGCCAACUUGUGUAUCCAGCAGGAAUAAUUCUACGAAUGCCUGUUGAAGCACUUUUACGGGCGCUUAUUAUAUUUAAUCGGGGUGUCAUCAUGUGGCCGUUUACGAGUGAAGAAGAGCAGGUUAAUAAUGAUGAAUUGAGCAUUCGAAACAAUGUUGCAGCCCGCGCAGCUGCAUCUUUAUAUCUAGCCGCUAAAACAGUUACAGGCUGUACACCAGAGCUCGGUGCCUCGCCGCAGGCGGUGAGUCUUGCUGUGGGUCACUUGUGUGAGGCUAACAAUGGGAGGGAAUCUACAAUCAAGCCUUAUUUUCAGUGGAAUCGUCCUUCUUCAAGUGCAAUUUUACAAGCGGAGCCUCGGAUACUGGCUGCACUUGGGUACGAUAUGAGUUCUGGGCGAGCGAGUGCGGUGACACUUGCUAUUGCAUACUGUGCGAUGAUUGGGCUUUGUGUUGAUGUUGAUGUUGGAGAUAAGGAGAAGGCCGAACGGCAGCAGGAGAAAGAACAGGGAAGAAGGAGCAGAGAUAUGGUUGGUCGUGUGGUGGGGAGAAUUUUAGAAGCGGCCGCGGGCAGUUUGUGGGCAACUGGGAUUCAUAGUGGACGAACACUAGCAUGUGCUGCUAUUGAGAGUGUAGUUGGAGAGGAUAGUAUUUGUGGUGGUGGUGGUAUUCGUGAUGGUGAUGAUGAAUCAUUGAUGGUUUGCAGAGGAUGGUGGAGGGUAUUUGAUGUUCGGGACGCCGAGCUGGAGCAUUGUGCUGGACACAUUGCUAGUAGUCGGGCACGGGUAGAGAGUAUUUGUAGGGCUGCGGGAUGUUAG